AUGAUACAUGCUUCCUCCGUUGACACUGCAGUCAUCCGUUCAGCCAUUGAGGAAUAUAGUUCUUUAACUUGUAUUCGUUUUGUGGAAAGGAAAACAGAGGCAGAUUACAUCCAGAUCCGCUCAGUUGAUGGAUGCUGGUCCUAUCAGGGCAGGAUUGGGGGGCCUCAAGAUCUCUCCUUACUCAACCCUGGCUGUGUAUCUAAAGGGAUCGUCCAACAUGAACUGAACCACGUCCUGGGAUUUGUCCAUGAACACACCAGGAGUGACCGCGACACCUAUGUGGACAUUAACUGGACACGUAUACCAGACGUUUACAAAAGCAACUUUGAGAAGUCUCAGCCGGACACCAAUAACCUGGCCGUGCAAUACGAUUACACGUCGGUGAUGCACUAUGGGAGAUACGCCUUUACCAAUGUCCCAGGAGAACCCACCAUAGUGCCAAAGCCUGAUGCCACUGUCCCCAUAGGGCAGAGAUAUGGGCUGAGUAACCUGGACUUUUUGAAGAUAAAUCGCAUGUAUCAGUGCGACGUGUGUAGUUUUCUUCUCAGCGAGCCUUCAGGGAGUUUUCAGUCCGGAAAUACAACUCCCGCAUCCCCGAGUAGACCAGGAUGUACAUGGCUCAUUCGUGUUCCAGCAAACAAGGUCAUUUUGCAGUUCCAUGCCUUCACUACUUCCCCAUCCUGCUCCACCGACUUUAUUGUUGUCUAUGAUGGAGCCAGCAAGUCGUCCCCAGUCCUUGGAAAUACAACAUGUCGGAGCGGAGAGCCUCCACCGGUCGUGUCCUCUGGAAGCCUGAUGUUAGUGGAAUUCUGGAGCCACGAGAAGACAACGUUCUCAGCCACAUAUCAGACAGUGGUUUGUGGAGGAACAAUGGCGGCUGUAAAUGGAACAGUGACAUCUCCGGGAUAUCCCACCAAGUACUUCUCAUCUGUAGACUGUAAAUGGUCCAUUGUGGCCCCUCCUGGGUAUAAGGUGCAGCUGACUUUCACCUCUUUUGCCCUGGAGCUUUCCCGAAACUGUAUCUAUGAUUACCUCUCCAUCCUGCACGGUUCUCACAUAGAAUCCUCAGUGUCAGCAAAGUUUUGUGGAUCCAAUAAGAUGCCAGCACAAGUUUCGGCAGGGAACUGGGUGCUGCUAGAAUUUCACACUGAUAAAUCGGUGCAGAGUACGGGCUUCCAGAUCAAAUACACGUGGGUGGUCUGAACCAAGAAAGAAGACCUGAUACCCCUCGAUUUGGAGUGCGUGGAUACAGGAAGACAACAGGUCAACUCAUUGUAUAUCAAAUAAAAUCAUAUGAAUA